AUGGACAAUUCUUCAACUCCUGCGGACCUCAAUGCUCAGCCCAACAUGAAUGCCGCAAGAACCAUCUCUGCAAGUCCCUCCCGACGCCGACGUAGAGGUAGUUUGGCCGAUCCUCUCCGCAACUCCAAGCAUGACAACAACAACAACGACAGAGGCAAAGAGAACAGCGCCACUGUUAAAACCACCCUCACUGUCAACAUCGAGACUAUCAAUGAACCAGUUACUCCCGGACCACCCUCACCAAAGCCUGGCGACACGUAUCCUGGAUCGGGAAAGGGCGGAAUUCCACAAGAUGGCCUAGCCUGGAAAAAUCACAUCUCCAACAAGAGAUAUCAUAAUCCCGGGGUCAAUCACAAUGAAAUCAACAAUCAGGAGAGUACCGAGGCAUUUAUACUGGGUGACGGUGAGAAGAAAAUCGAAGAGAAAAUCGACACUCGAACUCCCAACACUGUCAUUUUCACAUUCAACAAGGAAGACCAUACUCUCGCCAACAUGCUCCGAGCAAAGCUCCUUGAAAAUAGCCACGUCACAUUCGCGGCCUACAAGGUUCCCCAUCCUCUCUUCGCGAAAUUCGAACUCCGAAUUCAAACCGAUGGCGAAAUCACUCCUAAGGAAGCUCUCAUCGCUAGCUCCAAAGAAAUCAUUCGAGAGCUCGAUGUGCUGAAGCAUAGGUUCAAGAAGGAGUACGAUCUUCGCAAGAUGGUCGGCAGCGUGGGCCAAAACGGAGCUUGA